AUGGAUCCUGACUGUGCAAUAUGCCGAGCACCAGCCGAAGCCGCCUGCGACUGUGAGGCCAAGGGCCUCGAGGUGGCUGUCAAGCAAGCCGAAGAGAAAGUUAUGCUCUCCAUCUACGAAGACAUACGGCGCGCUCAGGAUCACAUUCUGGAGCAUUUCCGUCAACUCACAGAGCAGCGGAAGAAGCAGCACCAAGACAGGCUCGCUCAGGUUCAUGAACAGGCUUUUGCACGUUAUGGCGCGCCCCCUCACCCGCGGACUUUGCAAGACGCCGAGAUGGAGCUGAAACAUGGCAUUGAUGGGGAUUGGCGGUCGAGCGUGCACCGAUACCCCGAAGUGCUGGAGCAUUUCUUCAAUCUAGUGGAGCUUUCGCUGCCGGCGGACGAUGAUCCUGCCGUGCGGAACCCUCCAACAUCAUCCGGCGCGGUCGUACCACGGGGCAAACCGCCCUCUAACCGGAGGAACAACAGCUACAAGAACGACUUUCAUCACGAGCCACCCUACAUGCCCGGUGUCGACACCGGACUGGGCCUUUAUGCGCCUCCGCGAACACCGCCUCCGGAGAGGCAGCAGCGCCGCGGCCACGGAGGACGAAAGGACCGCGGGAUGCGGUACUCGCAACCCCCACCACCACAGCAUGCACCGUACGCGCCCUACCAGCGGGAUCAUGCUCCCUACAUGGGCUAG